AUGAGUCGAGAAGAUCAUGAUGCAAAAACAAAGGUACAAAAUUUAUCAACAUUAAAAUCAAAUGACAUAAAAGCUUUCUUGGCUUCAUUUGACACCGUAAUUUGUGAUUGUGAUGGAGUACUUUGGAGACUUGAUAAGGCCAUUCCCGGAUCACCAGAAACUUUAAACAAAUUUCGACAAUUAGGCAAAAAAGUGUAUUUUAUAACAAACAAUAAUAUUAAACUUAGGGAGUAUUAUGUUGAAAAAGCACGAAAAUUAGGUUUCGUAGCUGAAGAAAAUGAAAUUCUAUCAACCAUUUCUUUAACAGCCGAAUACUUAAAAACAAUUGGAUUUAAUAAAACUGCAUACAUUAUUGGAUCUGAAGGACUUGCACAUGAGCUCGAACGAGUUGGAAUUAAACAUGUUGGAAUUGGACCAGAAGAAUUACAAACCUCAUAUCCAAAUAUUCUUGACAUUCAAUUGGAUAAAGAUAUCGGUGCUGUAAUUGUUGGUUUUGAUCCAUAUUUUUCUUUUAUAAAAUUGGUACGUGCAGCAAGCUAUUUAACAGAUCCAACUUGCUUGUUUAUUGGCACAAAUUCCGAUGAACGAUUUCCAUCAGAAUCCUCAAAGAUUGUAAUACCUGGAACGGGUUGUUUCGUACAGGCAAUUCAAGCUUGUUCCGGUCGUAAACCAACUAUAAUUGAUAAAAACCAUGACUAUGUACGAAAAGCAAUUAUGAUAAACUAUCAGAUGAAUCCACGAAAAACUCUUAUGAUUGGUGAUAGAUGUAAUACGGAUAUUCUGUUAGGAACACAGUGUGGAUUCCAAACAUUAUUAGUAUUAAGUGGUGUAACAACGCUUGAUGAAAUGACGAAGAUUGCUAAAUCACAAAAUUCAAAGGAUAAGCAAUUAGUGCCGGAUUUUUAUAUUGCAAAAUUAGGUGAUUUGUUAGACUUAAUCGAUAAUUAA